GACUUUCUAUCUGACAUCAUUCACAGUAGCAUGACAAGAAGCGAGUGGUUAGGGUUUGGGUAACACACAGAGGAAACUGCACUCGGACUGAUAAGCAGGCAAGAAAAACGACGCAUGGUGUUUCGGAAGGACUUUGCUGAACUCUGGAAAUGACAGGUCUUUUUGGACUGAAGCUGACACUAUGUGUCGGUUUGCUGGUCUUGGGCAUCGUUUGUGAAGAUGCAGGACCCACUUCGCCAACUGUUGCUCACUCCAAUACAACAGAAACAUCAACAACAGUCAAUCCUACAAUCUCCACUUCAAAUCAAACACACAAUGCAACCUCCCUUAAGCCUGCAGGGGCAACUUCUCACUUCAACGUCUCACCCACAAGCACCUUCCCAGGAAGUUCUGACCUCCCAAGCACAGUCCCAUCUUCCUUACCUGCACACACUGUCACCUCGACAGCACAGUCUAAUGUCUCUGACUCAACUACACCCCACAACUCUACUCUUACAGGAAGAACUGAUUCCACGUCCAGCAUCUCAUCCGCAAGCACCCGCUCAGGGAGUUCUGACCUCACAAGCACAGUCUCAUCUUCCUCACCUCCAAGCACUGUCACCUCGACAGCAAACUCUAGUGUUUCUAACUCAACUACACCCCCCACCCCUACAUCUUCAGGAGGGACUAGUUCCAACAUCAGCACCACAGUCUCAUCUUCCUCACCUACAGUCACUGUCAACACGACAGCACAGACUCUUGUUUCUAACUCAGCUACUUCCCCCACCCCCUCUGCUGCAGAUAACUUGGAAAUUCUUGUGUGUAAGAAUACAACAUCCCAUGACUGCAAAAGAAUCAAUUUAACAGAUGGAUUAUCCAUAGAUGUCAACAAAACAUCCAAACUCUGCAGAAACAACUCAUCAGACAAUCUAAAAAUAAACUGUCAAAAUAAAAACAAUUCAUUUGAGAGAAACUGUGUCUUUUUAUCUACAUUGAACGAAUGUGAAGAUUAUAACUGUAGUGUCACAUCAGGAAAUCAAAAACGCACAAUAACAAUUAAUGUGAAUCCAGAUUUGGACACAUUUCAGUUACAAUCGGCGCAGAAUGGCACAACCAUCACUCUUGAAUGGGAAAAGGUGACGCAAAAUUGUGCAGGCUUGAAAUUUGAAUAUACUUGUGAUGGAACACAUAAUAGCAGCACAGAGAAUGAAUCCAAACACAUUUUUGAAAAACUAACACCAUAUAAGACCUACACAUGCGAGGCAAACGCAAAAUACAAAAACAUCAGCACAAGAAAAACGAAAAUUAUAACUACUGACUGUGAUAUUAAUAUGACGCUGAACCUAACCGCAGAAGAAAAAUCAAUUGACCUUGUGUGGGAAAUUAAAACAGAAAAACAGUGCAAUUCUGUUGAAUUUCAAUGUAUUUAUUUUUGUUCACGAGAUGAUAAAAAGAAAGACCAACCAAGCACAAAUCUUACAAUUUUAGAGGGAAAGGCUGAACACAAAGCAACUGAGAGUAACCUUCAACCGUAUACAAAUUACACAUGCCAUGUGAUUGCCUUAUACAAUAACCAACAAAAAAAGAAUGUGAGCAUGAGAAACCAGACAAAAAUUGGAACCCCCCAAAAAGUGCAAAACAUACAAGGAAAAGUGAAUCCCCACAAUACAGUGAAAAUAACCUGCGAUAAACCGGUCACAUUUAAUGGACCAAGUGGGUUUUUUAAGGCACAAAUAAAAGAUAAAGAUUAUACAGCCCAAAAAAGUAAAAAUUGUGACUUUGUUUUUGAUGAUCUGGAUUAUCUCACAAAUUAUACAUUUGUGAUUUGGGCUAAUAACACGAAGAAUGAAGGUCAAAAAUCAUUUUAUUCAAUACACACAAAAUAUAAUGACAAAGCUCUCAUAGGAUUCCUGGCAUUCCUUAUCAUUGUGACUUCUGUAGCUCUUCUUUUUGUUCUUUAUAAAAUUUAUUUGCUGCAGAAAAGGAACUCUAACAACAAUGAGGAAACCUUAGAACUCAUCACUCCAGAAGAUGAAGCACAGCUCUUGAAUGUUGAGCCCAUAUCUGCAGAGCACUUGCUGGACACUUAUAAAAGGAAGGUCGCAGAUGAGGGAAGACUCUUCCUGGCGGAAUUUCAGAGCAUUCCAAGAGUUUUCAGCAAAUUCGCUGUCAAGGAUGCCAGGAAAGCUUGCAACCAGAAUAAGAACCGUUAUGUUGAUAUCCUGCCAUAUGAUUACAACCGUGUCCAGCUUUCCAUGAUAAAUGGAGAAGUAGGUUCUGACUAUAUCAAUGCAAGCUUUAUAGAUGGUUAUAAAGAACCAAGGAAGUACAUUGCUGCACAAGGGCCAAAGGAUGAGACAGUUAAUGAUUUCUGGAGAAUGAUUUGGGAACAGCAGUGCUCUAUUAUUGUGAUGGUAACCCGCUGUGAGGAAGGAAACAGGAACAAAUGUGCUCAGUAUUGGCCAUCAAUGGACAGGGAAGCUGAGAUCUUCGGGGAUUUUGCAGUGAAGAUUAACGGAGAAAACCAGUGCCCAGAUUACAUUAUUCGAAACCUGAAUGUUACAAACAGGAAGGAGAAGAACUCAGAGAGAGCAGUGACUCACAUCCAGUUUACUAGCUGGCCUGACCAUGGGGUACCUGGUGACCCCCAUCUUCUGCUGAAGCUGCGGAGACGUGUUAAUGCUUUCAACAAUUUUUUCAGUGGUCCCAUAGUCGUCCACUGCAGUGCUGGUGUUGGCCGUACUGGCACAUAUAUUGGCAUUGAUGCUAUGAUGGAAGGCUUAGAGGCUGAGGGGAGAGUGGACAUUUAUGGAUAUGUGGUCAAACUGCGGCGUCAGCGCUGCCUCAUGGUGCAAGUCGAGGCUCAGUACAUACUAAUCCACCAGGCCCUGAUUGAACACAACCAAUUUGGAGAGACGGAAAUCCCCCUUUCUGAGCUGCACUCCACACUGAACAACUUGAAGAAGAAAGACCCACCCUCAGAUCCGACUCUGCUGGAGGGUGAAUUCCAGAGACUUCCGAAAUAUAGAAACUGGAGGGUCCAAAAUACAGGCACAAAUGAAGAGAAUAAGAAGAAGAACAGAUAUUCCAAUGCUAUCCCAUAUGACUACAACAGAGUGCCUAUUAAGUUGGAAGAUGAAAAAAGCCAGGAGAGUGAACACGAGGAGGACACUGAGGACUCAUCUGAUGAUGAUGAUGAAGAUUCGACCAAAUACAUCAAUGCAUCUUUUAUGGAUGGCUACUGGGGUCAGAGAAGCCUGAUUGCUGCCCAGGGACCUCUUCCAGAUACCAUUGCAGACUUUUGGCAGAUGGUCUUCCAGAAAAAAAUCAAGAUUAUUGUGAUGCUCACAGAAUGUACAGAGGGAGAUAAGGAUUUCUGUUCGAAAUACUGGCAUGAUGAAAAGAAGUUAUAUGAUGAAAUCGAAGUUGGAGUGGUGGACUACAACGUCUGUCCGGAAUACAUCAUCCGAUCUAUUGAAAUAAAACACACAAAGAGGAAAGAGAGCCGUAGGAUCUACCAGUAUCAUUUCCAGAAGUGGAGUGGGCGAGACCUUCCAGAGAAUCCACAGGAUCUUAUUGCUUUGAUAAGGAGCAUAAAGCAAAAGAUUCCCCAGAAAUCUGGCAAGGACAACAAGAGUGUGCCUGUUGUUGUUCACUGCAACGAUGGGUCAACACGGACCGGGACGUUCUGUGCACUGUGGAAUAUCUUGGACAGUGCGGAUACAGAAAAUCUGGUCGAUGUUUUCCAGGUGGUAAAGAAUCUACGCAGAGAAAGACAAGGGAUGCUUUCAUCCUUUGAGCAUUACCAGUUCCUGUAUGAUGCCAUAGCGAGUGCCUACCCAGCCCAGAAUGGAGAGGUGAAGCCAGCUAGAGCAGCAGACUCUGUGGAGGUUGUCAAUGAAGGCAAAAAGGAGAGUGUAGAGGAGCCAGUGCCCCAGUCCACUGAAAAACCUCAAAAAGCUAGCUCCAAAGAAAGUGAACCUGCAGAUUCUACCUCUGCCAGCACUGAAGGAAAGAAAAAGCCCUCCUCAUCACAGGAAGUGCCAAAAGAGUCCUCUAGUACCGAGAAAGUGUGUGAAGGAGAUUCAGAAGACAGCACUUCUAAUGGUCCCACUCCUAAUGUUGAGAGCAAAUAAAGAGAACUGUGCAUGUGAUUGUGUUAUAUUCCAAAUAUUCUUUUCCUUGGUACAUGUGGUACUUCAGCUUUUUCAAUAUUUUUUGCAAAUCUUUUAUUUUUCGACAUUGGAGGACAAAGAUAAUGUUUCCAGAUAUAAGAAAAAAAAUGAAUGUACUGUAAACGUUAUGCUGUGGAGAGUCAUAGAAGCAAGACAUCUGCCUUGAUUUUACUACACUCCAGACAGGGCUUUGAAUUAUCUUCAAACUACAUACUGUAAUUGAUAAGACUUUGUAUAUUCAUUCAUUAUUUUUCACACGGUCAAUAAUCUGAAGUUUAAAUACUAUACUAUUACAAUUUUCUAAUUUAGAAGGAAGUAUUUUGGCUAACAUCAAGUUAGCACUACUCUGCUUACUAGACCAUCAAUAUCAAACUAAAUUUUGCUUUGUUAAAAAGCUUUUGCACAAUGUUGCUUGAUUGUGUCUAUUGAUAAGGAAUAUAUUAUAUCCAGUGUGUCUUUUUAUCUGUAGUUUUGGGAGCUUUUAUAUGCUUUAUACAUGCACGUUUCCUCAUAUAAUAUGUAAAAUACCCAUCCCAGUUUAAGUCUAAAUAGAAGAAAAUUAAUUUAUAGAACCUGUGAGCAAAGAGCAAAAAAUUAAUGUUGGAAAUCCCAUUGAAUACCCAAAGAAAAAUGGAAUUUAUGUUCUUUUUUUGCAGGUAAUUCAAGUAAUUCUGGAAGUAAUUCAAAUGUUUGAAAACUAUUUUAAAAAUUCACCAUAUUCUUGUACUUUGUUAUGUUUAGCAAUUGCAGGAUUGCCUCAGUUGACCAUUUUCUAUCGUAAAUAAAUCUUUAGGUCAGAAACAAUGCCAAACGAAACUAUACAAUAAUAAGAAUGAACUUGAGUUAUAAUUCCUGCUUAAACUAAGCAAAAUGUUGUCAAGAAUGUGCUUUUAAACAGCUUGUACUUUGCUGCUGUUCUGUAAUGAAGUCUAGACACCUGUUAUAAUGAGCUUCAUUGGAGUUUUAAAUAAAUAUAGCUUUAAACUUA